AUACUUGUGUGGACUGGGGCGGGCAGGGUAAAGCCAGGGCGAUGCCAGAAGGCGCGGACAAGCAUGACAAAAAAAUUGGUGCAAAUCUACACUUUUUUGCCCAGGGGUGAGGCUGUAUUUGUACAGUCACCCCCCUCCUCCCCCUCCGGGCUGGCGACGCGCUCGGCUGCAGGCAGCGGGCUCGGCUAGGGCCUCUGGGUCUGCCCCACACAGCGGGGGCAGGUCUCUGGCACCCUCCCCAGCCCCACCCGCCGGUCCCCGCUGCCCCCGGCUCCCGGGCGCGCAGCGCUCCCGCACCCUGAGCGCACCCAGCCGGCUCCCGGCCCCUGCACUCACAUCCGGGGCUGGGUUUGCUGCGAACGCGAAACGUAAAAAUUAACCCGGAAAAAACGAGGCGCCGGAGCCACACGCCCCCGGCUGCCGAUGUGAGCGCAGCGCCCGGCUGGCCAUGCCCCGGGGGCGCAGCCCCAGCCCCCGACGCCGCCCGCAGACGCCGCUGGGGUGAUGCUACAAGAAGCCCGGAAUGCCUUAUGUGGAUCGACAGAAUCGUAUCUGUGGGUUUCUAGACAUUGAAGAAAAUGAGACCUGCGGCAAGUUUCUGCGAAGAUAUUUCAUCCUGGACACCCAGGCCAAUUGUCUUCUGUGGUAUAUGGACAAUCCCCAGAAUCUGGCUCUCGGGUCAGGAGCUGUUGGAUCUUUGCCGCUGACCUAUAUAUCCAAGGUCAGCGUCGCCACCCCAAAACAAAAACCAAAAGUCCCAUUCUGCUUUGUUAUCAAUGCUUUAUCUCAGCGGCAUUUCUUACAAGCCAGCGAUCAAAAGGACCUACAGGACUGGGUGGAGGCUCUGAACCGUGCCAGCAAGAUUACGGUGCCAAAGAGUGGUAGUUUGCCCCCAGCCACAGAGAUUACAAAGCCCCCCAUUGCACCCCAAGCCCAGGAGAAGAAACCACAGGUGGCCUACAAAACGGAGAUCAUUGGCGGGGUGGUUGUGCACACACCUAUCUCUGUCAAUCAGAAUGGAGGGGAAGGAGCAGACGGAGGCGACUUGGCCACUCACCCUCUUCUGAGACGCUCCCAGAGCUACAUACCCACCUCUGCCUCCAAGCCGUCCGCAGGACCACCCGUCCUCAAGAGCGGCUACUGUGUGAAGCAGGGGAAUGUGAGGAAGAGCUGGAAACGCCGGUACUUUGCUCUUGAUGACUUUACCAUCAGUUAUUUCAAGUGCGAGCAGGACAAGGAGCCCUUGCGUUCGAUCCUUCUCAAGGACGUCCUCAAGACCCACGAAUGUCUAGUCAAAUCCGGUGACCUUCUCAUGCGGGACAAUCUCUUUGAAAUCAUAACAAGCUCCAGGACAUUCUACAUCCAGGCAGACAGCCCUGAGGAUAUGCACAGCUGGAUCAAAGCAAUCACAGGGGCGAUGCAGGCCCUGAAAAGCCGCCCAAGGGAAAUGUCCUUCGUGAGAUCCAUUUCUUCUAUGAGCAGGCCUGGGGGCUCCAAUCUUUCAAGCUCCUUGAUCCCCUCCUUGCCCCGAAUGAGACACCCAGGGGAGGAGAGGAAAGCACUCUGCAAAACCCCUUCCACCCCGUCCUGGCAGCCUUGGACACCAGUGCCACAGCCAGGAGGGAAGCAGCCCGUGAUCGAGGAGAUGCCCGGGUAUAUGAGAGACUCGGUGUUUGUGCCCUCCUUCACAGAGAGUGACGCUGGAGCCAUGCAGCAGCGGCGUGUACGGCACAGAUCUGAACCCCAGCACAUUAAAGAGAAGCCAUUUGUGUUUAACCUGGAUGACGAGAACAUCCGGACCUCUGAUGUGUAACCAAACCCAGGCUCUUUUCGCCUUCAGGUUUUUUUUAAAUGAUGAACUCUGUUGAUAGCAGUUUAAUGCAAAGGUACCUUGAUUCUACCCCAGACACAUCGCGGUAUCAGCUAACCCGAGCCAGCCUAGCACUCCACUUGUGUAAUAACCAUUGCAAUGUGACGUACUCGGUCUGCUGAAACAGAUCAGAUUUUGGACUGAAAGAGCUGGUCUCCUCAGUACAAGUGUGGAUACGUGUGCUAAGCACAUUGGGCCAGAUUAAUCUCUGGUGAAACUCCAUUUAAUUGCCCGGGAUGAAUUUGUCCUGUUUUUGCCAACUCUCUCCAGUGAUACGAGCUUUAGGUAGAACCACUUCCCUUGAUAGUGUUGCUUUCCCAGAAAAGGAAGUGGAGGUCACAUAUUUCUGACAGUUCCCCUCUCCUCACCCGUCGCCGAAAGCCCACCUUUAACAGCCCGUUAGGUUUCUUUGUGUACAACCACGCUGCCAGAGUGGUGAAGCAGCUGCUGGCGGAAGGCAGCGAGAACUGUCAGGAGCAAAGGCAGCUCUUUGUUUCAUUAGGAGGACAUCCCUGUGACAUUUUGUGCUCACUUUGUGCAGGCAUAAAUGGUGACCGCACGGGGUGUAAAUUGGGAAGCAUCAGCCCCCGGUGCCUAACCUGGCAAAACAGCACUACCGUUAGCAAAUACCGUGGUUCUGAAUUCUUGGGAAUCAUGCAGGAAAUAUAGGACAAGAUACUGUCAAGGGCACAGAGGGCAGUUAGGUGCCCAGUUCUCAUGGACUUUCAGUAGGAGAUGGAUGCUUAACUCUUUCCCAUUUGUGCCUUUGAAAGUCUCCCCCAUACAGGCCAAAAAGGAAUUAGUGGGUCACACUAGGAAAUCUGCUGUGUUUAUAAAAAGAAAGAACACUGCAACUUGAAAACAGUUUUCUAGGAGACCAGCUCUUCACAGUGGCCAACUAACAAUGUAUUAACAAAUCUAUUUUCUUUGUAGUAACUCCUUUCUGUCCGUGGCCUUUACAUGAUGUCAGACUCUGGAGAAAGCUCCUUGUUCAGACCUAUGUAACGCUUCAUGCGUUGAUGAUAACAAACAUGUUUUUUGGUAUAUAUAUAUAUAUAUAUUUUUUUUUUAAAUGUGAGUCAAGGAUAGCACCACUUCUUUGCAGACUAGGUGUAACUGAAUAUCUGUGGCAAAAAUAUUCUCAGGUAUGUAUCCAAUCUUGUAUUGCAUACACUUGGGCACAAAGAUUUAAUUAAAAUGCCUGAAUCUUGAAGUAUUAAUUAAUAUGUAGUGAAAGCAGAAUAUUUACAAUGAAAUUUGGAUGAUUUGGCCAUCCAACCAGCAUGCACUCUCGACCUUUACACAGAAAUAAGCAGAAUUCUUUUUAAGCAAUGCAAACGUGGCAUUAACCCAUAACAAAACAAGCUGAUGCACAAAGGGUAUAAAGCAAUUUACAGCAGAGAGAGUGUUUGAUCUUUUUCACCUAAGAAGUGGGUAAGUAAUCACUCUCAGAUAGACAUCACACAACUCUCUUUCCUGUCUCUUUAUUUCCUGUGGGGGGGGUUAAUAGUGGCUCAGGUUGUUCUGUGAUUUUUUUGAAGACUUUGUAAAGCCUGUACAAGGCAGGUGCACCUCUUACAUCGCUAUUUCCAGGGCAUCAGUGGUUCACAGGCCUUUUGCCAGCCUCUGCGUAGGGGGGAGUUUCCAUUCUUUCCACUUGUGUGUCCAGCUGCUUCCGUACCGAGCCGCCUCUCCUCCCACCCUUACUCAGACAAACCCACCAGUGACUUCCUUGGGAAUUUUGUCUGAGUAAGCACAAAGGAUGAGGUGCUGCUUAUCUAAAAAGCAGCACAUCUAGCUAGAAACCCAUAUCCAACGCUAAAGCAAGUUCAAACCAUCGUAAGUAAUUAAAAGCAUCCCUUGCUUUAUUAUUAAGACAUUGCUGAAUGGGUUGCAAGUUCCAGCUAUUUGUAGCUUCAGUGCUACCUACACUCCAAGAAACUGACCGUUACGAACAGAAGGCAGCUGCUGUAGAUAAUGGCCCCCAGUGAAGCCGUGCUAGCCAUGGACUGUUGCCAUGGACUGCAGACUUGCUCUGAGGAGGGUUAAAUGAGAUGGUUAAAAGCUGGUGGGGACCUAGAACUCUGCCUAUGCUAGCCGCUUCCUGUUAGCAAGCGUGAGAGAUCUUUAAGGGGAAAAAGGGCUAGUGUAAACCCUGCCGAAGACUCCAAAUGGAAUUUCGUGCCCUAAAGCAGACGUGUGCAUGCUCUUGCCAUCUCUAAUAAAUUGAAGUUGAAACCUCUGUCUUAAAUGUUCCAAUCAUACUGCAGCAGCUGUAGGUUUGGGAUCUCUUGGAGUGGUCUUGAGAUAGCAAAGAUUUCUACUUCUUUUUAUUGUCUGACGGUUGUCAUUGGCUGCAUGAAGCAAUGCCAUGUGCCCUACAAACUCUGCUUAAUAUUACUCCACUGGAGAAAAUCCCUUGUUUUGUCCUGGCCUGCACAGGAUUUAGCUGUUUUGAGAACUAUAUGGAAGCUUGGUCCAAACUCAGUUUGGGGCCAAGUGGAGCUUUAUCAUGAUUUGGCCCAUGAGUAUGGAUGAAGCCAAAUCAUGUUAUAACUAAACUGAAAUAUAUGUUCUUGCUUCCAUUUCUACCUGUACCAAAGAGUUUUUUUGUAACCCACACUGGCCAGCCAAAAUCCAUUUCAGCCCUGGCUAAAACCACAUUUAAACCAUACUUGAGCACAGCUGUUAAAUAAGACUGAAAACCCUUGUGUAGAACAACAGUAUCUGUCAUCUCAGGUUUCCAUAGGGCACCCAUCGCUGUGGUGUUUAGGCUCUGAUCAAUGUUAUACUGAGAGCCAGGAUUGGAAGUGAGGGCUCAAAGAUUAACUUGGAACCUUUGCCACAGUUUGCAGACCUAUUUCCCUGACUCUUAUCAUAAGAAUGGCCAUACUGGGUCAGACCCAAGGUCCAUCUAGCCCAGUGUCCUGUCUUCUGACAGUGGCCAAUGCCAGGUACCCCAGAGGGAAUGAACAGAACAGGUAAUCUUCAAGUGAUCCAUCCCCUAUCACCCAUUCCCAGCUUCUGGCAAAUAGAGGCGAGGGACACCAUCCCUGCCCAUCCUGGCUAAUAGCCAUUGAUGGACCUAUCCUCCAUGAAUUUAUCUAGUUCUUUUUUGAACCCUGUUAUAGUCUGGGUCUUCACAACAUCCUUUGGCAAGGAGUUCCACAGGUUGAUUGUGAGCUGUGUGAAGAAGUACUUCCUUUUGUUUGUUUUAAACCUACUCCCUAUUAAGUUCAUUUGGUGACCCCAGUCCUUGUGUCAUGAGGAGUAAAUAACACUUCCUUAUUUACUUUCUCCGCACCAGUCAUGAUUGUAUAGACAUCAGUCACAUCCCCCCUUUGCCCUGACAGUUCAGAAUCAGGUGUGUGCAUAAUGUGUGCUACUGUGAUGGGAACAGUAAUACUAACAAAAGUGACCACUAGAAUCAUAGGCUACAAUUUUUAUGACCGGAGCAGGGGAGGGGAAUCAGAAAAACAAUGGACGUCAGACACAUAUUCCUUGCUCCGUCCACCAUAUUCUUCAGAGUUGUAAUGAACAUUUAAAAGACAAAUGAGGGCUUGCCUGAUAAGAAGGGAGGAUAGCUUGAAAAUCCGUACGUACUGACUCACCACAGAAUGAAAUUAAAGUAGCGCUUACAUGCAUUGCUUAAGCCCCAUAUUUUCAGAUUCUAGUCGUGUUGAGGAUGCCCUGCUUUUGGAGAGAGAGGCCAGUUUUAGAAUUUUUAAAGUAAUAUCUGGUGAAUGCAGAUAGGUCAACAUGACUGUAAUGCAGCCUGAAUGUAGUUGUACCUUUUGUCUUUGUGGACACAGUUGGCCAGAGCAUGUUUUAAUAAUGUUACAUGCUUGGGGUGACAGAUUUCAGGAAUCCAUGCCUAAUUCUUUUACUUUUUUAUAUUUCCGUUCUAGUCAAAACAACUAAAUGUAUACUUUUAUAUUUCCUGUCAACCUAUUUAAAAUACUGAAUGGAGUCCCCCACUUCAUGUCAGUCAGUUCAAACAGUAGUUCUAUGGGAGACCGUGGGAAAUGUUGAAACAAUGAAUAUGAAUUGGAAUCAAUGUAAAUGGUACAGCAAAAGUUAUAUUAUUGAAUUGUAGGAGUCUACAUUUAGAUUGGGUUUUUUUCCCCUUUGGCUUUAUUUGCACUAGAUUUUCUCUUUUAUAUUCUUGUGGGUUUUGUUUUGUUUUUUCAGCUGACCUCCUGUUUAGCUAAUAAAACAUCCGGUUUUGACUAUAUGUAACCAUUUGACGUGAUUGUGAAUAUAAAGCCUUGAGUGGCAUCACUCAGACUUACUGCCGUGAGGGAGCCCUGUGUCUGAGAACAUUAAUUACAGGGCGAACCAUAGUUAAGGUUGUGCAAAGCUCUGAAGAUGUAAACUGCCAUAAAGAUGCUAAGUAUUUCUAAUGAAUUAUUAUUGAAAGGGGUCCAAGGGCCUGGAAUGGCAAAGUCUGAGUUUAUUGCACAGGUAUGAUUGAUUAUCCAAGGAAGAAGCUACCAGUGGCUUUAGUACUAUUGCUACGUCCCCUUUUCUCUGUCUUCUCCCCCACCCAUAACUUCAAAACGGCAUUGAGACUGGUUCCAAGGCCACAGGAUAGUGGCAGACAAAAAUGUGUCUUGGAAACUAAUUCCUGUUCACUGUGCUAAAACAGUGCCACCAUCAUUCAUGUUAUUCACCCCAGCUCUGGUAUCCUUCCCUUGUAUGCAGUGAAUUCCCACAAAAUGCAAUGGACGACAUGGUAGAGGCCAAACAGCUUGAUCAACGUGGAGCUUGGCAGCACUUUUUAGUAACUAAUAUAUUUUAAAAUGUGCGUUUGCCCCCUAUGCGGAGUCUUGCGUUUGUACAGAUGCAUAGUCGUGCUAUUUACCACCGGGGUCUUGCAAGGACCACCUGGGAAAUGAAGUGUGGACCACAAAGAUUAGUUUCUCCAGAUUUAGUAGACAAAUGGGUGCAGAGUUAAGGUAACUUGAAUGGAAAGAAUGGUGUGAGAAAAUGUUCGUCGUUUUUCUUCUGUUUGUAUUUUAUAUGAAGGCACCAAAACGGCUUCAGCCAUUUUUGUAAAUAUUUGCCAUGUAUUUCAAGUGCCCUUAGAUGAGGGUCCCUCUGCUUAGAGGUACUUACACCUAGACUAGAGACUAGACCUCUUGAUCAUGUGACAUGUUGAUAUUAACAAAUGUGGGAUGAAAUGACUGGUUUUUUUCCAAAGGAAAGUGUGAACAAUAAGUUUCCAUGUGACAUUCCAGUCAUUUUUUCAGGCUAGCAGGUGGUCCAUAGCUUGGGAUGUUGAAGAUAUUUUGGGGUAACACACAAUACAGGAAGACAGAAUUAGUAAAGAGCCUAUAAUAUUUUCUACAGAUUUUUUCCUCUUUCCUAGCAGUCCCCAAGCAGUUGCGUAGAGUGAAGUUUUGAGUUACAGAUGUGGUAAGAUUGAAUGAAGUGGAAGUUUGGAAAACAAACAAUACAUCAUUAGAAUUUGGACUUUUGUUUAAUUCUUUUGUGAGCUGCUUGUGCAUUUGAUUGUGAUAUUUGCACCAAUAAUUCUCAGCUGUGAAUUGCACUUGUGUAAAGAUGACUUUUGGGUCCGUGAAAAAUCUUCUAAUGAUACAAUGCUUCUCACUUUACUUGUAGUGAAAAAUUUUUGUUGCUUGUUUUGUAGUAAAAAAAACCUGUGUGAAAUCUUUAAAGAA